AUGAGCGUCUCUGUGCCGAGCCCCUCCGGCCGCCUGGCCAGUGUGUCUGCGCUCCUGCAAGUGGCCUGCCUGCUCAGCCUGGUCCUGCUGCUGAUCAAGGCUGCCCAGCUCUAUCUGCACAGGCAGUGGCUGCUCAAAGCCACCCAGCAGUUCCCAUCUCCACCCUCCCACUGGUUCUUUGGACACUACAAGGAGUUCCAGAAAAAUGAGCUACAACAAAUACUGAAAAGAGUGGAGAAAUUCCCGCGUGCCUGUCCUCGCUGGCUCUGGGGAACUACGGUCCAAUUCCUGGUCUACGACCCUGACUACAUGAAGGAGAUUCUCGGGAGGUCAGACCCCAAAAAUCACAGUACCUACAGGCUGCUGGCUCCCUGGAUUGUCUUUCAGGUCAACUUCAGCUCUCAGGCCAGAUUCACCGAUGACCUGAGGACCUAUGACAAAUGGGAACAACAGCUCAGUGACCAGAACCCACUUGAGGUCUUCAAGCCCGUCUCCUUGAUGACCCUGGACUCCCUCAUGAAGUGCGCCUUCAGCCACCAGGGCAGCGAGCAGUCGGACAGGAGCUCCCAGCCCUACCUCCAGGCCAUCGACAGCCUAAAGAACCUGUUUUUUUGCCGAGUGAGGAAUGGUUUCCACCAGAAUGACAUCAUCUACGGCUUGACCUCAGAAGGCCGCAGGAACCACCAGGCCUGCAAGGUGGCCCAUGAGCACACAGGAAUCACUGUGUCGCUCUCCAUUUAUGGGCUACACCACAACCCCGAUGUGUGGCCAAACCCUGAGGUGUUUGACCCGUCCCGGUUUGCUCCUGGAGCUACUCGGCACAGCCACGCUUUCCUGCCCUUCUCAGGAGGGUCCAGGAACUGCAUCGGGAAGCAGUUUGCCAUGAACGAGAUGAAGGUGGCCGUGGCCCUGACGCUGCUCCGCUUUGAGCUGGCGCCGGAGCCCUUCAGGGUCCCCAUUCCAAGCGCAAAAGUUGUGCUGAUGUCAAGCAAUGGAAUCUACCUGCACCUCAAAAAGCUGCAGUAA